AUGGAGCUAGGGAAGGAUCCCAGCAGUGGCCUGUUUCGACGUAUGACAUCAUGGACAAGUGCAGAUGACCCUGCCCCAGGGCAAUACAGUUGUAGUGUUAAUCCCCGUGGACCGCCCUUGGAAUUUGUACUUUGGGAAGAAGAUUCUCUACAGUAUAGAAGCGGACCAUGGAAUGGAGUUGGUUUCAGCGGACUCAAUUUUGAACCAAACAAUGUCUUCGACCUGAAGCUUGUGGUGAAUGCAGAAGAGACAUACUACGAGUACGUUCCCGAGACCAAGCUUGUUACAACAAGGUCUGUUUUAAACUACUCCGGCAUAAUGCAGCGUUAUGUCUGGAAUGCUACCAGUCUAAAAUGGCUACUUGUAGGUAAUCUUCCCAAUGACCCUUGUGAUAAUUAUGGCCAUUGUGGUGCCAACA